AUCUUAGAGAAAACAAUUACGAAAACAUUAAAAUAGAAAAAUGUAUACCUAAUUACAUAAAAGUGAUAAGCGAUUAGAAAAUUUAUUUACACUUGUGAUUACAAAGUAUCACAAUAUUGUUUAUGAAGAAUGGAUUAUUGAAUCGAAAAUCCAUCGACGCUGAUGUGGGAAAAAAGUGAUUAAUGUGCAAAAUAAAUUUUUUGAAUAAUUAAAAAAUAUGUUUUCACGAUUUCGUAAUGUUAUUUACAAUGCGGUCGGUGGUAUUGAUGCACCACCGAAUCAAGGAAAUACGAAAGUAUUUGAGGAGCGACAAGAACCGAAAUUUUUAUAUUCACGUCCACAUUUUUUGGGUUUAAAUACUAGUGAAGAGAUUAAAGCGUCAGCGGAUCAUCGUAUGCGUCCGAUUAUUGUACCAAGAGAUUCGAAUGUUUUACCAUGGAAUACAGGAUAUGCUGAAUGUGUGAAUGCGGGAAAAUCUGUAUGGAAUGAAGAUCAAGCUGUAAAUAUGGUCCAGUUAUUAAGUCGUAUUAAAGAAUCACCCAGUACUAGUAAUCCAAGCGAAAAAGAACAAUCACGUGUUUUUAAUAUCCCUUACGUUUAUUUUGGGAUUUUCGAUGGACAUGCGGGAGUUGGUGCUGCCCUAUCGGCUGCUAAUCAACUACAUCAUAUUAUACAUGAAAAAUUAGUUGAUAUUUUAGAUGAAUUAUUACCAGAUGCGACAUUUACUUCGAAUAAUAUUACCAGGGAUUCAUUGAUUAUUGGUGCAUUAGAAACAGCAUUUGCUGAAAUGGAUCAAUUAAUUGAAGGAGAUCGUGAAAAAUAUCUAGCACCAGGAGGUUGUACCGCUCUUGUAUUAUUAAUGUUAUUAGGAAAAUUGUAUGUAGCAAAUGCUGGCGAUUCACGUGGAGUUUGUUGUAUGAGUUCAUCAAAUUUAGUGAUACCACUAUCAAAUGAUUUCACCCCCGAAUCCGAACGUACACGAAUUCGACAACUCGCCGCACAUCAACCACAUCUAAUGGGUAAUGAAUUUACAGCACGUGAAUUCACUAAACGGCAUACUCGACAAGACUUGGGUAAACGAGUUUUGUAUCGUGAUCCAUUUAUGCAAGGUUGGUCAUUCCGUACACUGACUUUGGAUGAUUUAAAAAUGCCUGUGGUGUCCGGGGAAGGUAAACGUAGUCGUGUAAUGGGAACAAUUGGUGUGACCCGUGGAUUCGGUGACCAUGACCUAAAAGCAAUGAACACUAAAAUAUUACUCAAACCAUUCCUGUCAUGCCACCCAGAAGUAAUAAUCGUCAAUUUAGAAGAGUAUGACAUGACCGUUGACGAUGUUGUCAUACUUGGUACAGAUGGAUUAUGGGACGUAACCAGCAAUCAACAGGCAUACGAUGUUGUCAAUAAUAGUUUUAAACAAUUUACAAUUGAAAAACAUCGUUAUAUGUCAGCCGCACAAGCUUUGGUAGCCCAUGCGCGUGGUAAAAUGACAAAUGAAUGUGCAUGGAAACAGUCAGAUCAGAAGGCAGCAACAAUUGAUGAUAUUUCUGUGUUUGUGAUACCAAUUUUACCAUAUCAUAUGGAACAUUUAACUUGGAUUGAAACAUUUAAACCAUCCACGUCCGAUAGAUAGAGAAUUUAUUUUAUUAUUUUUUAUAUUAAUUAUUGAUUAAUUAUUAUUAUUGACUAAUUAGACCGAGAGUGAGUUAUGUCAAGUGUGCCACUACAUAAAUUUAGCUACCUAAAAUCAUGUUCUCCUAGGGGCCGUAGUCAGGCUGCUGCUAAUCAGAGCAGACCCAGGAAAAGUCAGAGUAGAAAUGUGUGAGAGAGAUAAAGCGUUUGUGUGGCCAGUUUAUCCUUCUCUAUGUCUAUGCUACAGACUUACGCAAAAGAGACAAUUUUUGGCUACACGAUCGCUUCUUCUUUUUCUAGAGAUUGAUCAAUUUCUUGAGGAUAUUGCAACAUAAUAUUUGUAAAAGAAUAAAUCCUAUGAUAUAUAGUCAGAAAUACACAAUUGCAACAAAAAUGGCAGCCAUACAAAGAUCUAUCUAAUAUAUUUAAUAACCAUCUACGGACCUUUACAAGAAUAUAGCAGUAAAUAUGAGUGGUUUGAAAGGUCAAAGCUUGUCGAAGGAUUAUUACUUAAAACUUCACCUUCUGCUAGAAGAUAUUUAGUUUUGUUUGAGAGAAUAACAACUCCUAGUUAAAUCAUUUUUAAACCCCAGUGAUAUAAAGUGAUUUGAGGUAUAUUUUUAGUACAGUCUGAGAUUUAACUUUUCGAGCAAUUUUGGUUGGCUACUUGGCUUCCAAUAAUGUUAGGUUGUUGGCAUAGACCUCUUAGACACUGAUUUUCAGCUUUCCUUUGAUAAAUUAAGUUUGACAUCCGAUUUGUUGUAUGUUCUGUCAUUUUGCUAAAACCAAAGCAAGUUAUCUCCUAUCGAAACCAAUGUACCUCUUGUUUCCUAAAGGGCACUCCGUUAAACCGUAAAAAUAGUUCAUAAAUCUAAAUAAGAGCACAUUUGAUGUCAUUGUCUCUCAGUCUAUAACUAUUCCAUUGAACAUUGUCUAUUUUUCAUAGUCUUUUUUUUAUAUUUGCUCAACAAUUUUCAGUUGA